UUCUAUUUUAUUAUCUAUUUUUCGCAUUUCAGUUCGACCAAUAUGAUGGCAACAAAGACCGCAGUCUCCAUGUCAUGGUAACAAAGAAGCGUCCAGACCCCCCCCCUCAGCUCAUUCGCGCUAGAUAUUUCACAAGGUCUUGAAAGAAAAAGAGAAUAAAGUCAGCAGUUAACAGGGCUAGAGAUAAAAAGGCUAGAGACGCCCCUGCUCACGUUUUACUUCUCAAUCUUCCAUUUCUCGUUGAUCUGAAUAUCUGCACAUCAUGGUGUCCACGCGCAAAAACAAAAAGGCUCAGGUGGGGUUGCCUCUCACGAUGAUCUCUAGUACUUUGGCAAAAGGCUAACGUGCAUUUAGAAAAGCCGAACAGAUUCUUCGGUGUCGAAAGAGGGGAACAGGGUCGAGAAACCUGUGGUCCAGGACAAAAGAAACGCCCCCGAACAUGGACGUAAGCGAGCCAUCUCACCCGAGAUAGAGAGCAUUCGCAGCCAGAUCAGUUCAAAAUGGAUCCUGAUCGAUGCUGGCGCGGCCACACAAUGGAUGGAGGACCCCGACGCCAUCCAACAGCUGUUUGUGCUCCUGCUUUAUGCUGUGGGGAAAUGGGUAAUACAAUAUGCGGCAUCAGAACCGUCGGAUCUGGCCCGCUUGUCGGAGGAGCAGAAAUCCACCAUCAUCAGCCACUUGGACGGAUUUUGUGUCCAAGAUACCUGGGAUGAUUUUGUCGAAAGGGCCCCUGCCAUGAAGGACGGGCUCGUGGCAGAGGUUCUUCUUACGGCAUUGGUAUACCAGGACCUGCACGUCAGGAUGAUAGAGCAUCCGUUCUGGUACCUUGACGGAAAGGGUGCCCAGGAUCAAGCCGAGGACGAUACUUUUGGCGAGCGGCUGGAAUACCUUUAUGAAAGGUUUCUAGAAACUACAAACCUCACAUUUGGUCGAUACAAUCAAGGUCGCCGCGAAGCUGCCGCGGCACGAUUGGCUAAGGAUCUUCUACUCAGUGGGCCGGUUCUGUCAUUGCUGAAGACUCCAGCCAGUGAUGAGGUCGAGAAAAAGCGCCGAGAGGAGCUGGUGGCAAUCUACACGAGAGCUAGCCAUGCUGCACUCUCCAACGACCAAUGUUCGGGACAAACAGAAUUUUCGCGGCUGGCCGACAUUGGUCCAACCUACCAUUCGAGCUCCGAUGAGCUGUCAGCACAUGAGUAUCAUGGCGUGGGUUCUGGCGACACCAAGCUCGAUGGACACCGAAUACUAUUGGUCUUCCGUCCAGCAAUGCGCCACAAAUUGAAUCAGCAGUCUCCUGAGCCCGUGAUUUGGCUGCCCGCAGUUGUCUUGGUAGAAGAUGAUAGAGUCGACUGA